UGCGUACGUACUGGCUAAGCGCACAGGUCAGUCAACUUGUACAUUCAGAAGCCAUGAAGCUGCUGGUGCUCCUCGGCGCCGUGCUGGUCACCAUUAUCGCGGUGAAGUUUGCCAACGCGACUAAGCAACUCAAGAUUCCCCUGAUGUACGUUGGCCACAACUACACAACUUACCUGGGGAGGUCGCCACAGACGGAACCUCUCAGCUGCGACGCAGACAUGCGGUACGUCGGCGUGGUAACCCUAGGCACGCCACCGCAGUCAUUCAAGGUGAUCUUCGACACGGGCUCGUCAAACCUGUGGGUGCCGUCGAGCAAAUGUGUCGAUUCAAACAUCGGAUGCCGUGGUCGAAGCAAGUACGACAAAGACGCAUCGUCGACGUACAAGAAAAAUGGGCGGCGCUUCAAGAUGAGGUACGAGUCCGGCCUAGUGCGGGGAACGUUGAGCAGAGACGACCUGGGCGUUGCGGGCGUCUCCGUCAGGGGACAACUGUUCGGCGAGGUCACGCACACUACCGGAGACGUCUUCAAGGUGGUUGCCUUCGACGGAAUUUUCGGCCUCGGCUACCCGGACAUCUCAGAGAAGGACGUGGUUCCACCGUUUGACAACAUGCUCAAGCAGGAGCUCGUCACAGAGCCCCUGUUCUCGGUGUUCCUCAGCAGCACGCCCAGCGAGCAGAACGGAGGUGAAAUUCUUUUUGGGGGUGUCAACAGCGAGCGCUACACAGGAGACAUCACCUACGCGGACGUCACUAAAAAGGGCUACUGGCAGUUCAUCAUGGACGGUCUCCAGGUAGGAAGCAAGUCAAUCGUGACCAGCUCAUCUGAAGCAGUCGUUGACAGCGGCACUACGAUUAUGGCGGGGCCCAAAGAAGAAAUCGAACGCAUCAACAAAUAUCUCAAAGCGACUCCUAGUCCUCGAGGGAACUAUCGUGUGAGUUGCAAGAACAUUCCUAAAAUGCCCAAAGCUGUCUUUACCAUCGGUGGCAGGCAAUUUGAAUUUGAAGCUAAAGACUACAUUCUACAGGGCCCUGCUCUUGAUGAGUUAUCUGAUGAGGAGCAGAUGUCUGCAAAACCCCAGGCAGCCAAGGCAGCCGAGUCAUUAAUUGAGGCUACAAUGACUGAAGAGCAGAAGACAUUGGAAAAAGAGGCUCAGCGGAAGCAGCUAGAAGAAAUCUAUCGACUUAUGGCAGCACACAGUGACAAGUUUGGAGACACUUCAAUGGAGGACAUUGUGAGCCAAAUGGCAUUGUAUCGAUGAUGGGCAGCUGGGAAAAAUUUUCUCACACCACAUGUGUAUGUGAAUCCACUGUUGAACACCUUAUUUUGCUUUGUUAAUGCAUAACUCACGCCUAUAUUUUAACUAGUCAUGUCUGUAGUUUCUCUUUUGUUUAGUAACUCAUAACUUUUGCAUAAAAGCAAUUGUAUUGCUAUGUACACAACUACAUUCCAUCCACUUUGAUAGCUUUUCUUUCUGUGCAAAGCCAGGUCACCUAAAACAUUACACUGCCACAGUCAUAAUGGCACAAAAUAAUACAAAAGCAUUUUGUGACUAUUCUUUCUUCAGCAUAAGUGGCACUCCACUGAUGGCAAUAUACUGAAAAAUAGCUUUGUGUACAUGCUGUGUAACAUGCACUGUCUUUUCAUCAUUUGCCAUUCAGCUGGUUGAUAGCUAAAGUCAUUGCAUCUAAGGUCUGCUUGUGAGACACGAGAACUUGUCACAACUGUAGCACAAUUUUAAUACUAACCGUAUGCAGUUUGAACCACUAGCAUUGUAUGCAGCGGCAAAAGCUGUCAUAACCACUUUGCCUACUAUAUGUCGCACAUACUUGAUAUUGCUGAAGUUAUAAAAACAUGUGCACUUGUGGCCUAAUUCUAUCUAACUUAGUCACAACUAGGAAGUUUUUUUAGGGAUGAGUGUUUCCAGCAUUGUUUGCCCAUAUGCAUGUUAUGCUGGUAUUUUUGUGUUCCUCAGUUUUGUGCCAUACUUUUCUUGGUUGCAAAGGCUAAUCCUAUCAUUUGCUUAUACUCGGUAUGUUUUUUUUUUUUUUUUUUUUCACUGGCUGAAAACUUAAUGCUCUUGGCAGUGCCUAGAAUACAUUUUCUGGCUUCUUAAAAAAGCAUUGGUUCCAGUACGGUACGGCGAAUGUUAUGCGACGUGGCAUGGACACUAAGCCAAAAUGUGCGUCUUAUUACACUAAUUGCAUGCAUGUUAUAUGGCAUUGUGUAACAGAUUGAUGUCUUCAAACUUCUCAUGGAUAUUUGGCACCGUUUAAACAGCUUCUGAAGUUGCUGUAAUUUGCAGUCAUUGAAUUUUACAAAUAAAUUGUUGCACCUUUCA